UGCAUCGGGCGCGCAGGACCGGAGCGGUGGCACUCGGUGAAUCAGGGCCUUUGCUACCUUUUGGAAGGGGAGAGUGGGCUCGCUGCCACGGAAUGGUGCAGAAAGGCAGUACCGGAGGAGAGCAGUCAGCAUGCCUUGAUCUGUGAUCCCUGAAUACCAAAUGCCUGUUGAGUGAAGGCUGACUACUGGAAGGUGGCAUACUUCUGGGUCUUCUCAUCCCAUUUGCUCUCCCUGUAAGUGAUAAGGCUACAUUAAUCUGUAUUCCCUGCAAUCUCAGAGUUGGACUGUUCAGGAUCUGAAAAUAGGAAGGGGAAAGAUACCACUUGGAGUGUCCCUGAUAAAGUUUGAGAAGCGCUAGCAGUCCUGAUACAAGGAAGUGGUUUCAGGCCGAAACUAAACUGGUUGCUUGUUUGCUGGUCAUAGGGGUAAGUUGGUUGAAAUGCCUGACAUGUGUGGUCCUGUGUAGCGUGAGCAGGAAAAAUGGGAAGGAAACAGCACCAUUCUGCUUUCUGAGUAAGAGGAAGGGGGAGAAUUUUUACAAGAAUGGGGUCUUCUGUGAUGGGCUGUGGAGCCUGUUGUUAUAGGAAGGCCAGGUUGUACAUCAGAUGGAGAAGAAUGCCAUCUACAUAUAAAGCUUAAACAUCUGGGACAGGAGGGGGAAGUUAUUUAUUUUUAAAGGAAAACAGAUGAGUUAAAACUGCCUGACAGUGUCUGCAAUCUGGUUUCCAGCUUCAUAAGCAAGAUGAAGUUUUAUUGCAGCUAUUAAGCGAUGGAGCAAGAAAGUUGUUUCUAAGUGGCUUUGGGACACAGAUAGGUACAUUUUGAGGUCAUAAUGCCUUCCACUACCACUGCGGAUAAUUAUGCUGAGGAAAUUCCUUCUGGUAUGUGCAUAUGCAGCUAACCUAGACCUGGAGCCUACAUAAGAGGCUUAUUGAUUGAUCCCAAGCCCAGUGUAGAGUUUGUGCUGGGUUUUCCCAUGAUUGAAAGCAUUGCUGGAAAAUACUGUGUUGGCUUUAGGAGAGAAAAGUGUUGACCAAAUUGCCCCUAAAACUUUCCUGGAGGAUUGUUUUGCCAAGGAAUUGUCCUGAUAACCAUAUUGCUGCAAUAGCUUGCAGCAUUCUGUUGAAAACGUAGGUGUGUGCUAGUUGCCUGGAAAAACAAAAUUCUAACAAUAUUAAUAUUGAUUUCUCUCAUGUGUCUAUGCAAGAAGAAAUCUCAUUCUUCAAAAUUAUUCUUUGCUUUAAGAUUUUCAUAAACUUAAAAGUAUUUACUAUAAACUCAGGAUACAUAGAUGUGUAUGCAUGCGUGUACAAGAUACACUUGUGUGAUAGCUUAGAAAGAAGGAACGUUGUUACAUCCAAGAAUGGUUUGGAGUAUUUAUAUUUCUCUUUGGUAAAGUACAUGUCUUACAGCUCCUUACAUUCAUGCAAACUUUUGACUGUUAUUUAUACAUAUGAAGUUAGUUGCUACUUUGUGCUGUAACAACUACCCAUUUACUUAAGGGCACAGAACUCACAUUGACUGAAUACUGCAUCAAAACGUUAGCUACUAAGAUACUUCUCUCUUUCCUCUUCCAUUCCCGAUAAGACUUGUUCUUGUUUUACCAAAACAGCACUGAUGGGUUUUACUUGAAAGCAGGAGGGACUGUAUUAAAAAUUCUCUUCUCUUUUUCUAGGGGGAGAUUCUAAGGCAAAUGCAGGUGACCAUGCAGAAUGCAGUUCAGGUGUGGUUUGGAGAUGACCUUCCCUUAAGUUCCCGAAGUCCUCUAACUCCCAGACAUGGGCCAGGUUUGGCAGAUGUGUGCCUGUAUGACCGAUGGAUAUCUGUGCGGCAUGAAGCAACUUUGGUGCCUAUGCAAGAAGAUCUGUCAAUCUGGCUGUCUGGCUUGCUGGGAAUAGAAGUCAAAGCAGAACAACUGCUAGAAGAACUUGAUAAUGGGGUACUACUCUGCCAAUUGGUUGGUGUUCUUCAAAACACAAUUAAAGAAUGUUGUAGCUCAAAUAAUUUAAGGAAUUUUCCUAUGAGAAAAGUUCCAUGUAAGAAGGAUGCUCCAUCAGGAUCUUUUUUUGCCAGAGAUAAUACAGCCAACUUUCUUAACUGGUGUAGGGCCAUUGGAGUUGAUGAGACUUAUCUCUUUGAAUCUGAAGGUUUAGUUUUGCACAAGGAUCCAAGACAAGUAUAUCUUUGUCUGUUGGAAAUUGGGCGCAUUGUAUCCGGGUACGGAGUUGAACCUCCCGUGCUAGUAAAACUAGAGAAGGAAAUUGAGCUAGAAGAAACACUGCUAAUGACCUCUGGACCACCAUCACCUAUUAGCACAGCAAAGUCAUGUUGUCACCAUGGGGAGCUACAUGAGGCAGUUAAACAUAUAGCGGAAGAUCCUCCCUGCAGUUGUUCCCAUCGAUUUUCAAUUGAAUACUUAUCGGAGGGACGUUAUAGACUGGGAGAUAAAAUACUCUUCAUACGAAUGCUACAUGGCAAGCAUGUGAUGGUCCGUGUUGGUGGAGGCUGGGACACUCUUCAAGGUUUUCUACUUAAAUAUGAUCCAUGCCGAGUGCUUCAGUUUGCAACUCUGGAACAAAAAAUUCUGGCGUUUCAGAAAGGAGUCACCAGUGACAGUGUCCCCAGCUCAUCAGCUAGAAUUCAGGAGCCUCCUGUUAUGAAUCCAAUGUCAGCUGUCAAUAUGUUUCAAAAGCAGCCAUCAAAACCCCCGACUCCUGUUUCAACUCUUGGGGCCAGCGCCAAGAAGGCUUUACCUAAACGUCCUCAGUCCCCUGUCCUGGCAUCACCAAAAGUGCCAGUGCUUCCAUCCUCCACAGCCAAGUCCUUGACAGUCAGGUCCAAAUUACAAGGGUCUUCAGCUCCAGGCGUGCAGUCUCCUCUCAAACCAUUAGCUGGCACCUCAAAGAAACUGGAGUCUCCUACACACAGUUCACCAGCUUCUGCUCCUUCACAGCCUGUAAGCAAAAGCUCUUCAUCUUCAGGAACGAGAACAGCUCUUGUUCAUUCUGAAACAUUGCGCAAACGUAUUUGGUCCCCUGAUGCUCCCAAGAUGAAAUUUACCCUGCCUCAGGGCUCCCCAGCACCAGUGCUGCAUCCUGCCCUCUCAUCCCCUAAAAAACAGCCAUCUCCCUUGCCUGGGACAGCUGAAACCAUCACUUCAAAACAGAAGCGUGUCCCUGCUAAAUGCAAAUCUGUAUCUGCCACUAAAACCAACGUGAAUUCAGUUGCUCCAAAGGCUGCUCAGCCACCUGCGACAAAUCUGCGUGCUGUUGCCAAGUUUGCACAAUCACAGCAGCUCCUUGCUAAACCUCAUUCUGAAAAUGCUAUUCAGACCUCAGGAACUAGGUCUCAGCAUCCUCAGAAAGCUCCACAAACAGCUACUGACCGGGCAAGGAACCUGAAAAGUCCUUCAGUCCUAAAACACUCAGCUUCUGCACCUUCCCUUGCAGUUAACAAAGCAUUAAAGUCACCACCUAUGCUGGUAUCUACAAGCAAGAAUAUGUCAUCAGCUGUCAAUAAGCAGCCUAAUGUCAGUAAACCCCCUCAGGUUGGACCCACUUCAUCCAAGCCUCCUGAACGCACUCCCUUGUCCGUUGUACGGCUUCCUCAAACUUCAGCCAAAGAGGCAGUGACCAAAAAGCCAGUGCAGCCUUCAACAAAAAACUUGCAAGCAAACGAAAGCUUGGCCCCAGCAGCCAAGAAGCCUCUCUCUAAGGGAAAAUCAGCAACGGCAUGUAACAAAGGAAUGCCUGGUGCAUCAAAAAGUCCCCUUAUGAAAAGCAGGCAAGAUGAUCACUAUUUUGUUAUGACAGGGAGUAAAAAACCCAGAAAGUAAAUUUAAUUGUUACUUUCUGUGGAAGUCUGAAUUUUAUUCAUAUGGGCCUCUUGUAACUGCUACGCUGAAGACAAGGAAAAAAGUUUAAUAGCACUAUAUUUACCAUGAAAUAUUAGGUAUAACCUACAUUUUGCUGCAUAACUUAGAGUAAGAACUGUAUGUAUUUUGUGGGUUUGAAACUUCUAAUCAGAUAUAUUUAGAAGUGAGCUUGCUUGCUGUGUAGCACUGUGGAACAGAGAAUAAGAUCCCUGUUUGCUGCUAGCCUGACCUGCUGCAGAGAAGGUGGGAGAGCAGAAAGGGGAGCUAGGGCUGCUAAUUUUGCUGCUGCUCAUUUUCAAGGGAGCUAAGCCUGCCCCAGAAACAUCUACCCAGGCCAGAGUCUGGGUGGUUCUGGCACAUCUGCAUUGAGGCCCUUGGCAAGCGAUAGAGCUGUGCACAAGCUGUAGAAUUUAUAAUACCUCAAACAAAACUGUGGGUUUUAGUUCACUGGUGUCCCAGAACACAAAUUUGGGUCAUCUGCAUGUAUUAGAAAGAAAUUUCUAGUCAUGUUUAGCUUUGACAACUGCCAUUAUCAGUGUUCACUGUGCCCCCCAUAUGCCUUAAAGUGGCUUCUGCUCACUUGGAAGUCGAGCCUUCCUAGUCUGUGUUAUGUUGGAUGUGGAAAAUCAUGGUGUUGGUUGCUUGCUCUCAUUGUGCCUUAGCCUUUCAAAUUCAGGACAGAUCUCUUCAGCGAGCAAUGCUGCUUUUAAAACCUGGGGCAGAUAACCUUGCUUAGAGCCUAGUCUUUGCUAGAAAGCUCUUGCUACAUGGAAAGAAGCGCCUGAGUUGCUGGGAGGAUGCCUUCCCCUGGGAUGGAGCCUGAAAGCAACACCUGCUCCAGCAACACAGAGUUGCCAGUACUGACCUGUACUGGCAGAGCCUUACUGCUCUGCAGGAGUGCCCUUUACAUGUAAAAGUAUUUAGUGAUUCUAAAUUUGGUUUUAUCAGUGUUAUAGGUUAAUUUUUAUGGGUAGUCUCAGUCUACAGUGGCUUUUUUUGUUUUAUUAUGGAGACCUUUUUACUGGCUCUCCUGUAUUACUUUCUGGAGGUGAGGAAUAGCUUCCCAAAGAGGCACCAAGGGACUGCGUUUGCCUUUAAACAUCUGAAAGUGCCAGAAAUCUAUGCACUGUUUAGGCUUUCAACUCCUGAAGGCUUUCAGGUUUAAACAUCUGUGGUGCUCAACACCUUUACCCUUAACAGAAGUGAGUUUAAUGGUAGAUUAAUAAAAAUUACUGUCCUUGGGAGUAGCAUUGUUUGGGAUAUUUUGGGUUUAAUGAACAGUUGUUCCUGCAAACACUGAGGAGCUCUCAAGAUCUGUGAAGAGACACUGCUGACUUCCACAGAUCAUCACUUCUGCUCUCUGUUCCCAGGUUAUUUACUUAUGGGCAAGAGAAGACAUGCAUGGAAACUACAGUUUAUGAUGUUAUACAUUUAAUUAUAUUUUUCCCCCUGGAACUAGCAUAAGCAAGCAUCAUAAACUGAGUUCUCAUGUGCAGUGGCAAAAUGAUUGAGCUGUCUUUCUGAGCACCUUGUUAGCUUUUUUUAUUUAUGAUUCUAUUUAUGCAUAUCUACUGUGGAAUACUGCUUACAACCUGCUGGGAGUAAACAGUAAAUACCAAUAUCAAAACUGCAUAAGGAAAACAGAUCAGUUUUAAUAACAUGGACACAAGUCCCACAAGCAAAGUUGUAUGUUUGGGGAAGGCCUUAGGCUUACUUGUUUUAUAAAUAUACUGGUCAAAGCCACUACUGCAAGUGUUAAGAAUGGUAUUGACUGUAGUGGACUGCUUUCAGGUUUGAUAAAUUUGGCACACAGUUUCAUAUGCUGAAAGCAUUUUACAGUAGUUGACUUGAUUUUUACUUUGGGCUUCCAAAUAGCGAGCUAUGAUGUGCUAUAUCUCAUGCAGAUUAACAGCUGAAUUGUUGGGGUUUCUUUCUGUACUGGGUCUAGCUGAGAUGGAGUUAACUUUCUUCAUAGUAUCACAUAUGGUGCUGUGUUUCAGAUUUGUGACUAAAAACCAAUGUCGAUAUCACACCAAUGUUUUGGCUGUUGCUGAACAGUCCUUGCACAGGGUUAAGGCUUUCUCUUUUUCCUCUUCUGACCCCACAGCAAGUAGACUGGUGGUGGGCAAGAGACUGGGAGAGGCACGUCUGGGACAGCCAACCCUAACUGGCCAAAGGGUGAUUCCAUAUUGCAUAUCGUCACCCUCAGCAAUCAGAAUAGGGUAGAAGAAGGACAAAUGUGUAGAGGGAUUGCUUUACAAGAUGGCUAUUGUUUGCAGACUUGGCUGGGCAUUAGUCUGCCUGUGGAAGGUAGUGAGUGAUUGCCUUUGCAUCACCUGGUGGCUUGUUUUUGACUGUUUCCUUCACUUAUUAAACUGGCUUUGUCCCAGCUGGUGAGUUUUCUUGCUUUUGUGCUGCUCUUCUCUUCCUUGUCUUGCUGGGGAUGGAGGGGAGAGUGAGUGAGCAGCUGUGUGGGUGCUUGGCUGCUGGCUGGGGUCAACCCACACCUUUUGAAUCAUUUACAAGGGCUUUAGUAGUAAUUUAAGCACUGAGACUCUUGGAUCUGAGCAUAAAGCUAUCUCAACAUCUCUUUUUGAACUAUAAAUUAAAGAGAAGAUGAAGCAGAUGGCUUCAUCUUUGUGCUCCAUUGUUUCAUGUAAUAGAGUGAAGGGUCUGGUUCAAAAUUAAAUAAAGAGUAAGCUUUUACAGUUGAAACCUUAAUCAGCUAAUCUAAAGAUGGUUCGCCUGUUGCAUGUGGGUAGGUUUGGGUUUAUUACAAAAAUAGUAUAUUUGAGCAUGGACCAACUUCUGUGGAUAUUGCAGUUUCCAACUUUCAUAGCCAUAUUCUAACUAUGGGUGUCACGUAACAUGAGGUGAGCCAAGAAUUAAGAUGUAACAAAGUACCUCCUAAUGGAAAUACAUACUGGUUUUGCAACGUUGACAUUGCCAAAUAGCAAGUCUAAUCUUCAGUUUGUAUUGCUUUUUGUGAGGGAAAGAUAACUUGGAGCAAGAAUCUGACUGAAUUCUCCAUGUGUAUCGAUGCCCUUCUGUACGAGUACUUAUUUUAAAUAAACAUACACUCUGCCUUUUUUUACGUGCACAAA